CGUGACACACUCACACACAUACAAUAUCUCUGCCAACGCCGCCCGCCAACCCCAAACGACAAACCGCGGGAAUGGCCUUCCUUGGGAUGCUGCCCCGACUGACCGCCCGACAGCCCCUGAGAGGGUGACAUGCAUUAUACUCAAGCUCCAUGCCCCCCGCGCGCAAGUCCCGCGAACCGACCAUCACCGCCGCCGCCGCCUCAUAGUCCUCGGCGCGUGCCUCGACGCGACUGGACCGCAUGGGUUGACUUGACUGGCUGACACUGCUGCAAGGGUGCUACACCUGUUGUAGAGUUGAGCUCGAUGGCCGGCAGCCCAGGUGGUGCGCUGCUGUCUCCCGAGCAACUGAGCAAACUUCACAACCCCAAGAACAUCUUGGCCUUGUGCGAGCUCGGCGGGCUUGCGGGCUUGGAGAAGGGGCUGAGAACAGACCUCCAGUCCGGACUGAAUGAUGGCGAGACCAAGAUCCCUUGGCCAGUCGCUAGUGAUGCCACCACCACCACCACGACCGCCGAGGGCAAGGCUGGGCAUCCGUUGGCAACCAGCCGCUCCCUACUGGGAGGCUCUUCGCCGGAUGCCCCGUUUUCCGAGCGGAAGCGCAUCUUCCUCGACAACCACCUGCCCAUCAAGAAGCAGCCAAACAUGCUGCAGCUUCUGUGGGCAGCGUACAACGAUCCUGUCCUCUUCCUGCUGACGGCUGCCGCCAUCGUCUCUCUCGCCAUCGGCCUGUACCAGGCCCUGGGCACGCCUCACAAACCAGGAGAGCCCAGCGUCGAGUGGGUAGAGGGCGUCGCCAUCCUCGUCGCCGUCGUGGUCAUUGUGCUCGUGGGGUCCAUGAAUGACUGGGAGAAGCAGCGCCAGUUCCGCAAGCUCAACAAGAAGCAACUGCAGAGGGACGUCCACGUCAUCCGCUCGGGCACCUCGCAUCUGACUCCCAUAUCAGCCGUGUUGGUGGGGGAUGUCGUCCACCUUGGGCCCGGCGACAUCAUACCGGCAGAUGGCGUCUUGAUCACUGGCUUCAGCGUCAUGUGCGACGAGUCCUCGGUGACGGGCGAAGGGGAGCUAGUCCACAAGGUUCCGGGUGACGAGGCCUUCAACGCGGCCGGGGCCAAAAAGGGGCCAUGGGACCCGCGCGUCUUCCGCCAUGACCCCUUUGUCCUCUCCGGGACCAAGGUGCUUGACGGCGUCGGCACCUUUGUCGUUACGGCAACGGGCCUCAAUUCGACGUACGGCAAGGUCCUCGCGUCGCUUCGGGACGACCCUGAACCCACGCCUCUGCAGGUUCGGCUCACCACUGUCGCCAAGUACAUUGCGUAUGCUGGCGGUGCCAUUGCCUUGGUCCUGUUCGCUGCCCUGUUCAUCAAGUUUCUGGUGCAGCUACCUCACAACAUGGAAACGCCAGCAGACAAGGGCAGGGAGUUUGUCGACAUUGUCAUCAUCACUCUCACUGUGCUCGUCAUAGCCGUGCCUGAAGGCCUUCCACUCGCCGUCACACUAUCCCUGGCGUUUGCGUCAAUGAGGAUGCUCAAGGACCAGAACCUCGUUCGCCAUCUCCGCGCCUGCGAGACCAUGGGCAACGCUACAAAUAUCUGCUCUGACAAGACUGGCACGCUGACGCAGAAUCGAAUGGAGGUCGCAACAUGCUUGGUCGGCCCCAGCCUGCAUUUUGGUGCUCCACCCGUCAUUUCGCCUGCCGCGGCGUCGGUGAUGGCAGGCCCAGGCUCCGAUAAUGCCAGCCUCAAGCAAGUCGCUGCCACGCUCGCCCCUGACGUCAGGGGUCUGCUAAGGCAGUCCAUUGCUGUAAACUCGGUCGCCUUUGAGAAAGACCUCGGCGCGUCUUUUAUCGGGUCCAAUACCGAAUCGGCUCUACUGGACUUUGCGCGAACCCAUUUGGGCAUGUACAGGACUGUCAAGGAGGAACGGGCAGAAGCGGACACCACGCAGGUGAUUCCAUUCAACGCUAUGCGACAAUGUAUGGCCACUGUUAUCAGACUCCCAGGUUCCAAGUCCAGGUGCCGGGUUCUCAUCAAGGGCGCCUCGGAAGUUCUCUUGGCCAAGUGCUCGCAGACCAUCCACAACCCUAUGGAGAGCCAUCAAGUUACCCAGCAGAGUGAGCAGACACGGCAGACAGUCACCGACACCAUCGAGCGCUAUGCCCGCGGCGCUCUUCGAACCGUUUGUCUAGCGUAUCGGGACCUGGACUUGCCCGAGGAUGGCGAAGCUGGCAGCAUCAAGACGGCCUUCGCUCUCAAUGAUCUACUGCAAGAUCUAGUCUUUGUGGCUGUUUUCGGCAUCGAGGAUCUCCUCCGGCCUGGCGUCCCGGAGGCUGUAGAGACCUGCCAGCGGGCUGGCGUCACUGUCCGCAUGGUUACGGGGGACAGCAUCCAAACCGCCAUAGCCAUUGCAAAGCAGUGCGGGAUACUGGCCGAGAAUGGGACCGACAUUUGCCUGGAAGGCGCAGAGUUCAGGUCAAUGGGCGAGGACGAACUGCGGCGCGUUGUGCCGAACCUCAAGGUCCUCGCCCGGUCAAGUCCCCUGGAUAAGCAGACGUUGGUUGCCCAGCUCCAAAAGGCCGGAGAGAUCGUCGCCGUAACUGGCGAUGGCACAAACGACGCCGCAGCCCUUAGCACCGCGGACAUUAGUUUCUCGAUGGGUGGAACCACCGGGACUGAAAUUGCCCGUGAGGCGUCGUCCAUUGUCCUCAUGAACGACGAUUUUACAUGUAUCACAAAGGCCAUCAUGUGGGGGCGAGGCGUCACGGACUCGGUUCGCAAGUUCCUGCAGUUCCAAGUGACCAUCACCAUCACGUCGGUUCUCCUGACCUUGAUCUCCUCGAUUGCGGACCCGAACGAGCAGUCCAUCCUCACGCCGGUGCAGCUCAUGUGGAUCAACCUUUUCCAAGACACCAUGGCCGCGCUGGCGCUCGCAACGGACGUCCCGAGGCCGAGACUGCUAAACCGGAAGCCCGAGGCGAGACUAGCGUCCUUGAUCACCGUCGCGAUGUGGAAGACCAUCAUAGGCCAGUCCAUCUACCAGUUGGCCGUGACGCUAGUGUUAUACUUUGGCGGGGCUAGUAUUCUAAACUACCAUACCGACGAUGAGCAACAGCAGCUCCAAACCCUUGUGUUCAACACCUUUGUUUGGCUGCAGGUGUUCAACAUGUACAAUAAUCGACAGUACGACAACACACUCAACGUGUUCGAGGGCGUACUUCGAAACUGGUUGUUCGUAGCCGUCAGCAGCAUCAUGAUCGGGGCCCAGGUCCUCAUCAUCUUUGUUGGCGGGGCUGCCUUCUCCGUGGUGCCACUCAAUGGUCCCCAGUGGGCCAUUUCGCUGGUACUGGGCGUCAUUACCUUGCCCAUUGGAUUUCUGACGCGACUACUGCCGGACGAGCCGUUUGGCAGGCUGGGGAGGUUCUUGAUGGGACUCUGCAAGCCUUUGGUGCCGCGGCGUUGGCGUCGGCAAGAAACGAGCUCAGAAGAGUAGUAUGCAUGUAAAAAAAAUUCUAUACCAGCG